AUGAUCUUAUUAGGCAAGAUCAGCCUCGCCCACUUCUGGACGCUGGCUCUCUCUGCUGUAGCAGAGGCUGGGAGCUGCUGGAGAAAUACAACCUGCACAGGUCCCGAAGAUACAUCAUUUCCCGGCGUGUGGGAGAAGAACAUUUAUGCUCCUGCUUCACGUCAAGUCCGCCCGCAGAGUAUACUUGAAGCAUCAGGUUCACGAACAGAAUUCAAACUAGGUUUGGGAUACAACAUUCUAACAGGAAAUGGUUCUCGGAUUGUCUUUGAUUUCGGUAUUGAAGUUGGUGGGAUUGUCUCCGUAAGAUAUACAGCGUCAAGUCCAGGAUUAGUUUUGAACCUGGCAUUCAGCGAGGCCCGGAACUGGAUUGGAGAGUACUCUGAUUCCUCAAAUGGCGCUUUCAAACAGGGGGAUGGUUAUCUCACCUAUGAUAUCACGGCAGCAGGAGAGGGGUUAUACACGAUCCCUGACAACAAGUUGCGCGGUGGAUUCAGAUAUCUGACUGUAUUCCUUACAGCUGACAGUUUUAGCAAUGCUACUCUGGACCUACAUGAUAUCAGCCUAGAGAUAGGGUUUCUUCCCACAUGGUCCAACCUCCGCGCUUACCAGGGCUAUUUUCACAGUAAUGAUGAACUGCUCAAUCGUAUCUGGUACAGUGGUGCGUAUACAAUUCAGACAAAUAUAGUUCCAACAAAUACUGGCCGACAGAUUCCUGCCGUGGCACAUGGAUGGUAUAACAAUGCUACCCUUGGGCCUGGGAAUGCCAUCAUCGUUGAUGGUGCGAAAAGAGACCGCGCCGUCUGGCCGGGAGACAUGGGCAUUGCAGUGCCUGCCACUUUCUUCAGCAUUGGCGAUUUGGAGAGUGUCAGGAAUGGAUUGCAGGUUAUGUACGAUACUCAGGCGUCAACAGGUGCUUUUGCGGAAUCAGGUCCACCCUUGAGCCAAAAAGGAUCCGACACAUAUCAUAUGUGGUCUAUGAUUGGGACAUACAACUAUAUUCUGUUCACAAAUGAUACAGAUUUUCUUCAGCUGAAUUGGGCAAAAUAUCAAAAGGCUAUGGAUUAUAUCUAUGGAAACGUCGAUUCUAGUGGCCUCCUGAAUGUUACAGGGACAAGAGACUGGGCCCGGUGGCAACAGGGAUUCAAUAAUUCUGAGGCGCAGGUGAUAUUAUACCAUGCCCUCAACACAGGAGCACUACUUGCCGAGUGGGCUGGUGACACUACCGGGCUGUCUAGUAACUGGACCGCAAGAGCCAAAAUCCUAGCAGCGGUUGUCAAUGCACAUUGCUUUGAUGAAGCAUAUGGUGCAUUCAAGGAUAACGCAACAGCCACUACUCUGCACCCUCAAGACGCCAACAGCAUGUCCAUCUUAUUUGGACUUGCAGCCCAACAUCGCGUACAAACCAUUUCUCAGCGAUUGACCGAGAACUGGACCCCCAUUGGGGCUGUUGCUCCGGAAUUGCCUGAGAAUAUCUCCCCAUUCGUCUCCUCCUUUGAAAUCCAAGCCCACUUCGUAGCUGGCCAAGCGGACAGGGCGCUGGAUCUAAUCCGUCGUUCUUGGGGCUGGUACAUCAACAAUCCCAACGGAACGGAGAGUACUGUGAUUGAAGGAUACCUUCAGAACGCAACUUUCGGGUAUCGUAGCAGCCGUGGAUAUGAUUAUGACGCUUCAUAUAUCUCUCACGCACACGGCUGGUCUGCUGGUCCUACGUCCGCAUUGAUUAACUAUGUGCUUGGUCUAUCACUCACCGGCCCGGCGGGAUCAACAUGGAAGUUGGCGCUGCAAUUUGGUGAUUUGACCUCUGUCGAGGGAGGGUUUACUUCCUCCUUGGGUCAAUUUCAAGCUUCUUGGCAUAGACAUUCUUCGUCCUCAUAUGAAUUGUCAUUCAGAGUACCUCAUGGAACACAGGGUACUGUUGUACUACCGCCCGUAAGUGGGAAGAAAUUGGAAAUGGCGUUGAAUGGGAAGAAUAUACCAUUUGGGAUCGAGGAGACGAAGACGAUCUCUAUCACGAAGGGAGGUUCUUACAAGAUUGCUGUUCGUAUUAAGUAG